AUUUUGAAUUAGCCUUUUGUUUCUGCGAAUGUGUAGGAGCACUCCUUGAUUUUAACCACAUAAUUUUUGUGCACAAACUUAAUCAAUAUUAAAAUCAAAGAAUAAUUUUUCAAUGAUGAAUCAUCUACAUAAUGGUUCUCCUGCGUUAGAUAUAAAAAGAAUUGAAGCUGCAAAAGCCAACCGUCAGUUACAGCUUGAAAACUGGAGGGAUUAUGAAAAACAAAUGCAGAUAUCCGAAAAACAUUCAAAGAAAUUUCUUUCGCAUAAGGGGAAUCGUAUAUAUGUUAAAUUUACCGAUAACUGUGUGCUGCUGGACGCUACGCUUCGUGGAGAUUGUGAAGAGGUUGAAUAUUUACUUUCACAUGGAAUAAAUCCAAAUAUAUCUAAUGUUGAUGGACUGACAGCUUUACAUCAGGCAUGUAUAGAUAAUGACAGUGUUUUAUGCAAUCUUUUACUUGACUAUGGUGCAAACGUGAACGCACGUGAUGCAGAUUUGUGGACACCUUUGCAUGCAGCUUCUACAUGUGGUUAUCUACAAAUUUGUCAGUUGUUAAUUAAACGUGGUGCGGAUUUGAAGGCUUGCAAUGCCGAUGGAUUAAUUCCUUAUGAUAUAUGUGAUGAUGAGAAAACAUCGGAUUUCCUCCAAAGUCAAAUGCAUAAAUUCGGUAUAUCGCCUGAAGAUAUUGAAGAAGCUCGUUCUGCUCCAGAAAUGAAAAUGCUCUCAGAUCUUAAAACGGCACAAUUAAAAAGAUAUAAUUUAAAUAUACUGGACGCACAAGGUGCUGCUCCGAUUCAUGUUGCUGCAGCCUGUGGAUAUUGUGAGGUUGGCUUGUUUUUACUACAGUCUGGUGUAGAUCCUAAUAGUUUAGAUGCAGACGGAUGGACGCCGUCACAUGUUGCUGCUUGCUGGGGUGAACUGGAAAUGAUCAGGUUAUUUGUAUCACAUGGAGGUGACCUUACAAUACCAACACCCGAUGGUAGAACAGCAUUCACAAUAUGUGAUAAUGAUGAAACUCAUGAUGAAGUUUGUGCAAUUUGGAAUAUGAGAGAAAAACUUAGAUCAACUGCCAAAUUAAUGGAUUCGAAUUGUUCGAUGAAACCUUUUCGACGCAGAAGAAGUGGAUCUUUGAUUCAUCGGAGCUCACUUAGAGAUAAAUCAAAUCUAUCAAGACGUGAAGCGAAAGAGGAAGCUCAGUAUGCUCAUUCCUCUUCAAUCUCUUUAACUGAUGUACCAUCUGGUGACGAAAAAGAUGACCGAACCCGGUAUGAAUAUCACAACAAUAUUACUGGUGAUAAACACACUUUGCAAACUUCUGCCAUGUCCAAAGGCAGUAGCCUAUCAGGUUCACCAAAAUCUAGAAAACAUAAUUCAUUGACAUUUAGCCAACUUAAUGGCAGAAAGCGUGAUUCUCGCUUGCCUAGUUUAUUGAACUCAGAUGAUUAUAAUAAUACUAUGUUUCAAUCCCUUCCAAGUGAAUCCAAAGUUCAAAAUAAAUUCCCCAAUCAACGAGAGAUUACAAUUUUAUCGAUUGCUGACACUGACUUAAAUAGUAAAUAUACCAAUGGUCAGAUAACAGUAAUGGAUAAACGUGGUCAUGCUGAAUCAAUUUGUUCUUCGAAUGAAUCUAACUCAGUGGCUCAGUCAAACAGUUUUAAAUAUCUCACGGAUAGAGAAGUGAAUUUAAAUAAUAUAAAUGAUCAAUAUCAAAACGCUUCCUCAAGUGACUUGUCAUUACCACAAUAUAUUGAUCAAGAAAGACUAACUGAAUACUCACAGCAUUCCUUAAUUCGCCAAGAAUGUUGUCGAAGAUGUACAAUACUAUAGUUUAACAGUUUCCUACUUUUUUUCUGAUACAAAACAAUUGUAAAUGAUGAUUUAUGUUGCCUUCUGUUUUCGAUAAUGUUUGUCUUGCCUAUGUCUCCAUAAGUUCUGGGACGAACUAACGUUUGUUACAUUUUUGAUUGUAAUCCAAACAAAUGCAAAUGAAAGUAGAAAGUCAGAUGAAAAUCCCCUCCAAUUUUUUUAUUACUCCAAUAGUUUUUUACUUAAAUAAUUCCCUAUCUAACAGAUCAUAAUAUAUAAUCCUUCAUGCUUUCGAUUGCAUUCACUAAAUUAACCUAUGCUUCAGGUUUUUCCUAAUCACAUUACCAAGUUGCCAAUACGAAUGUUUACAACACUUAAUCAUUAAAAACAGACUUAAAAAAUCUCCUUCUUUCGCUACUUUAUCAUUACCUAACUUCGUGAUUGAAUUAAUCCUGUCGUAUCAGAUGGGAUUUCUAUUUUUAGGAUUCUACUUUUAAACUCUAAUCAUGAUCCCCAUUUUAUACUGAAUGGAAACAAUAGGGAAGAGAAAAAUAUGAAAAAUCAACUAUUUAUUAAAAACAUGAAACAUAGAGAUCAGAGUUUGAAGAGCUCUGAAGUUGUCAAACUUGCUUUAUUUCUUUUCAUAAUCGAAUAAUAAGAUAAAACGUAUGGACUAUUGAAGCCCAUACAAAUUUUUUUGAAUACAAAAUAAAAUAUUUGUUUUCCAUGUCUACAAUUUUCCUUGAGCUCCAAAUUGUUGUCACCAUUAUUGUCAGUUGCGGAAGUAUCAUUGUAAACAUGGUGUAAUUUUCCAUCUUUUUACUGAUAAUAUAUAUGGCAUUACUGUUAACUGUCAUGUGCUUUGUAUUUCUUUUUUGGUCAUAUAUAUAUAUAUUCACGGGACACAUUCCUACCCAUCUACCUACCUAAAUUUCAUCUAAUGUGAACAGGUCAACGUGAAAUGUAUCAAUUCAUAUGUAUAGCAAAAUAUCGUUUAUAAAAUUCAACUUUCAUUUAAAUUAUCCUUAUUCUUAUUAUUUUCGAUAAUGUUUUUGGUGAUCGCUGUUAAAUAUAUAUUCUGAAUGGGGUGACGGUAAAUGCUGAAAUAUAAUUUGUGAUACUUAGCCGUA